AUGGAGAGUAAGCCACUUACUUGUUGUGACUGUGACCUUUUCCAUCACAAAAAUGAAAAGCCAUUUUCAUAUAACUUCCAAUUUCCUAACAGUGGAAUCAUUAGUGAGUAUUUACUAAUGAAUGACAAAUUUCCCAUACACGAUGAUGGUUUGGAAUUUGAGGAGCUUAUGAAGUGUAAUUCCCCUCAUAACCCUUUAUACAUUGAACCAAUGCCAAGCCUCGAAGGUUAUCAUCAAACCAUGCCACAUUCUCAAUUUAAAUUUUGGUUAUAUCUUCUGAUUAAUACUGUGGCUGCAGAUGACUAUGGAAUUUCUUAUGAUGUGGAGAAAGGAUUUGGUGACUGGAGAGAAAUUAUCAACGAUGCAGCGUUUGGUUCUGACAAAUUGUAUUUAUGUUACACUAAUGAAAAUAGUGGAAAUGAAAUUAAGAAAGAGGUCGUGGAGGUUAAGCCAGAAAGAGUAGAGAGGAUUAGUGAUGGUAAUACAAAGAAUUUGUCAAGGAAGAUUAUAUCUCAGUAUUUUUAUAUGCCAAUAACACAAGCUGCAAGAGAACUCAAUGUGGGCCUCACACAUUUGAAAAAAAGAUGUAGGGAAUUGGGUAUUCGUAGGUGGCCCCAUAGAAAACUCAUGAGCCUUCAAACCUUGAUCAAUAAUAUUCAGGAGCUAGGGAAAGAGGAUGGUUUACGUAGUGAUGAAAAGUUUAUGGAUAUCGAGAAAUUGGAAGAGGAAAUGAAGCUGGUGGAGGAGAUGCCAGAUAUGCAAUUGCAAGAUCAUACCAAAAGGCUUAGACAACAUUGUUUUAAGGCCAAUUACAAGAAAAGAAAGCUUAUGGAUCAGCUGAUCAUGUUUUAA